UUCACAAUACACACUACACACCGUAUAUCUCCCUCCACACACUGUACACCGAGCACAAUGUCACAAUGCAACAUCCUCACUGUGUGUGUGUGUGUGUGUGUGUGUGUGUGUGUGUGUGUGUGUAGGUCUGUCUCUUACCGGCUCUCACCUGAUGUGUGGAGACUUCCUGUACAGCGGACACACUGUCAUGUGUACACUGUCCUACCUCUUCAUCAAAGAGUACUCGCCCCGCUGGAUGUGGUGGUACCACUGGUUCUGCUGGCUGCUCAGCGCCUCCGGAGUCAUCUGCAUCCUGAUCGGACACGAACAUUACAGCAUCGAUGUCGUCGUGGGAUACUUCGUCACCACCAGACUGUUCUGGUGGUACCACACCAUGGCCAACACACCAGCGCUGCGUCAGGCUCCUAACAACUACCUGUCCAGGACCUGGUGGAACCCGGUGUUCAACUUCCUGGAGAGGAACGUCCGGACUACAGUUCCCAUCACGUUCUCAUGGCCGCUCCCGCUGCCGUCGUCCUGCAGACAGCGGUACCGCAUUGUGGAGGGGCCGCGGGACGAGUGAGGGGCGGGGCCCCCGGCAGCCCCCCCGGCGGGCCUAGCAGACCCUCCAUUCCAUCUCUGGGGUUCUAU